AUGGCUACAAGAUUGAUGAUGCCAUUUUUUACUAAACUGGAUAGGGAACGGCGACCAGCAUGGCAGCUGAAGGCAAGCAUGUGGUUCUGUUUUAAUACUACUGUAUUUGCUUGUGAAAUUGAAUUAAGCAUGUCUUAUUUAAAUUUAACUAUUAAAUGUGAAUACCAUCAAAACUUUUUCUACUUCCCACAACUAUUCAAUAUUAAAAAAGGGAACAAUGAGAGAAAGAGGAAAGAAAUGGUAGAAGGAUUUUUAGGACUUAUUAUAUUGAUAGAGAAUGUUACGCAAUGUGUAAUGAUGAGAUCGGAAAGUAAAUGUUAG